AUGGCUGGUGAGGAUGGUUUUAUAGUGUUGGUUCACCACAGAGGAUCGAUUAAGAGGAAAACUCGGUCAGGUGUCAAGUUCACCGAUAAGGAUCCUCUCUGUAUUAUUGUGAGUUCUACGACGAGCUAUGAUGACCUUGCUAGGUCUGUACUGCAGAAACUUGGUCUGGAUGGUGUUAAACGGGUUAAGAAGUUUUUCUAUCGCAUUCCAAUCAUGGUGCUCCAAGAUACCGUGAAGUAUGAUUGUUUCACGAUCGGGAGUGAUGAGGACUUGCAGCUCGGGGGUUCGAACCGGAAUACCAAUACUUUAGCGACGGUUGCCGGUUCUAGCUCAAGACCUGCCGUUGCAUCUUCCUCAGUCCCUGCGUACGAGAUACCGGCCCCGCCUGUUGCCUCCCCUUCGUUCGCUGUUGAUCUCAACGGCAGUGCUGGCGACGAGGUUGGAACAGCGGAACUUGUACCUACCUCUGUACACUGUGCUGCACCGGCUGGGGCUGGAGAUGGAUUGUUUGAUGAUGUAGAGGAUGAUGAUGUCGAGCCGGAUAUGAUUGCUGAUGAUAGUGGCGAUGAUAUCGGAGCGAGUGAGCCUGCCGGUGCCGGUGGUGGCUCUAGCUCUAGCACACAGCAGUACCCUCCACAUUUUUCAUCUUUGGACCUGGAUGCCAUGAGGCAGCCGGGGGUACCUGGGGAGGCUGCAGGAUUUGGCGCUAGAGAUGCAGAAGGCUCAACUGGUAUGACAGAGUUCCAGGUUGGUCAGCAAUUUCAGGAUAAGGAGGAUGCCCUGUUAAGUGUGAAGACUUACAGCAUCCGCCGAGGUGUACAGUACAAGGUUGUGGAGUUUGAUUAUCGCCGUUACGUUAGCAAGUGUUCUAAGUUCGGGAAUGGGUGCACAUGGUUGAUUCGGCUGAGUCUCCGGCAGUGCAAGGGCAUAUGGGAGGUCAAACGGUACAAUGGACCGCAUACUUGUCUCGCCAGCUCUAUCUCCAGCGAUCACAGGAGUUUGGAUUAUCAUGUGAUAUCGGCAUUCAUUAUGCCAAUGGUUAGAGCUGAUGCUUCCGUAUCCUUCAAGGUGCUCCUAAAUGCGACUGCCUCGCACUAUGGGUCAGGCCGACCUACAGGAGGGUCUGUAUAG